CAGUCUUCUGUCCGCUCGUUCUUUUCCAAAUUCUAACUUCAAAGGUAAGGAGUCGAGAAAAUUUCAAUCCUUAUCCAUCGGUAGAAUUUUACUGCAAAUAACGUUAUUCAACACUGGGCAAUAGAAAUCUAAUAUGUAAAGUUUUGUGUGCUCCUUGUAUUUGAAGUAUAUUUUGCCUAUAUUCCUAAAUAAUCGACUUAGAAUGUUGAAUAGUGUAGUGUUGAACUGUUAGUAUUUAUCUGAAAAAAUACUGUGUAGAAAUUCUGCCUGCAAAAUCCGUUUUUUUUGUAUUUUAAUACACCUUUCUUAGAUUUUAAUAUCCUUAUUUGUCCAAUAAUUUACGUCCUAUGUGAUAAAGAUGUUGUUCUUGCCUAUAAAACAAGGUUCAAACACAUGAUAUAAAGUAUAAAUAUAUAUAUCAAACCUAUAGAUGAUAUUUGACUUGAAAUUACGGGAACCACUGAGUAUUUUGAUAACUUGCAUGUUAACCCUUUAAGGUCCUGUGUCGAUACGUUGGUGCGAGCGGUACAAAUUUGAGCAUAUGGUUCCAAAUUUAUGCAGUCCGAUAUGAAUGGACUUGAAUAUUAGGGGUGCACCAGAACUCGGUUCCGGCCGGAACCCCGAUUUUUCAGAGUUUCUGUCAGGGUGCAUUCCAUGUAAACUCUAUGCCGGAGAUAUGCCAACAUUUACCCUUGAUCAUGCCAAUACCGUAAACCUCUGAAUAUAAGCCCUCCAGGCCUGGCCAUAAGUAUUUGGGCAGGUGCGCGGCAUAUCGCGCACCAUUUAACGUCAGGCGCGUGAUUUAAAAAACGGUAAAAAUUACGCUUAUACAGACUAGAAUAACAUUCACAAAACUGAGUAAAAAUUUAUGUAGAACAAAACAAUUUUAAAAUUGGAGUUUAGCCGAAAAUAGUAUAGGUACUAUAUAAAAUGUUUGUACCAGUGAGUAUGUGUAUUUACGAUGUUUUCAAAGUCAUCAUACUUUAAACAUCAAUGAAAAUGUCAACAUCGCUGUCCUACGACUCGAUUUCUGACGAGCUUGACGAAUCAUCGUUAUUGUCAAUGGUUAUGGCGUCUUUCUCAAUUAUACGCUUUUUUAACAGAGUUUCUUCAUCCACGGUGUUGUUAUCGAGUUUGACUUUGCGUCUUUUCUCCAUGUAAAAUUCUAAUGCACGUUGAAGAAUCUCCUUACGCUCCUUCGUCGACCGGCAGUUAUCAUUUCCUUUGAUCAGCAUUAAAUAAAAAAAACAGACGCACGAUUUCAUACUCUUAAAACAAACAAGGCGCACGUUAAAAGGCGCGUCUCAAGGAGUCAAGGCGCGUGCGGAGGCGCGCGAUCGCGCGCCUCAAACGGCCAGGCCUGAAGCCCCCCUGAAUAUAAGCCCCUCCCAUGCAUAAGCCCACCACAUGUACUAAUGCUCACCUCAUUCCAAACAUAAGACCCCCAAAUAUAAGGCCCCCCCCCCCGAAUGUCACUUCCCCGAAUAUAAGCCCAGUAGCCAGUUAGUCAACAUUAACAUUGUCUUUUAGUUAAUGUAGCAGAGAACAAUAUUUAAAAAUAUAGCUUACUAUGUUAAUUAUUUAGCGUGUUAUUAAAUAAUACAUGUUUAUUUUCCUGUUUAUGACUGACUUGUUUAUUACUAACACAAAAGAUCAUCCAUGUAUAAGCGCUCCUUUGUAAAAGCCCAUCAAAAACCACUUACGAAAGAAUAUAAGCCCAGGGCUUAUAGUCUGAGGUUUACGGUACUUCAAAAAAUAGUUUUGGGGACUAAAACCGUUUUCAAAGACUGUAAAAGUGUAAAGCAAUCUCACACCAAUGUGCCAACAAAUUUUUUAACCUCAAGUUGGAGAUUGCCGACAUGGAAUGCACCCUGGGAAGUCUGACAGCAGACCUUCUUGUUCCUCACUUAUAAACCAACAUUAUCUAUCACAAGCGGGCUUGCUUGUAGAAUAUCUGUGCAAUUUCAAAAAAGUUAUAACUCCAUCAUAAUUCCCAGAAAAUGGCAAAAAUACCUGUCCAGGCCACUUAAUGCCCAAAAUAACAGAGUGGGGGUAUUUGCAUUGAAGCAUGUUUGUAUUCAUAAUUUCACAUUAUUUAUAUGCAAUAGAAAGCAGAGUUCUUUGUGAUUAAUUUACAAAUGUGAUGCAGAGGUGAAGCAAAUAUAUUUCUGUCUUCUAGAAAAUGGGUCGUGUAAUCAGAGGUCAGCGUAAAGGUGCUGGCAGUGUUUUCCGAUCCCACACAAAACACAGAAAGGGUGCUGCCAAGCUACGUGUGCUAGAUUAUGCCGAAAGGCAUGGAUAUAUAAAAGGUGUUAUCAAGGAUAUCAUUCAUGAUCCAGGUCGAGGAGCUCCCUUGGCUGUCGUUGUUUUUCGUGAUCCAUAUCGAUAUCAACUGAGGAAGGAACUUUUUGUUGCCACAGAGGGAAUGUACACAGGACAGUUUGUGUACUGUGGAAAGAAAGGUAAACCUGCUGUUAAAACAAUAUCCAAUUGGUUUGGUUAUAACUUCCAGUGAUGAUAUAUACAGUAGGUGUCAUACAGUACCUUUUAGAAAACUCGGUGGUCGGACAUAAUUGGGGAGAGUAGGAGUUGACUGCCUCAUAUUGAACUUAAGGCAAAUGUUUAAGGAUUAAGGAAUGAAAUGUACUGCAACCACAUGGUCUGAAUUUAAUUAAUUUAAUUUUAAUAUGAUUUGUCGCAAUUCAUUUCAUACAUACUUGUAAACAAGAUUGGUUACUGACACUAGUACAGAACAUGCAAACAGCAAAAAUACAACAUUGGUGUGACUGGAAAGAGGAACAGGACUUGCAUCCCAAUUGACACCUAACUCCUAAUGAAUGACUAUACAUCAUUACAUCGACCAAACACAUUACAUGAAUAGAGAACCAUAGGUUAUUUUAAAGUUAAGAACAGCCAGGAGGGCUGUAAGAUAGCAAUCGUUCUUUAUACAUUUUACGGAGUCUGGAACUAAAUACAUAUAUUGAUGUAUAACUCUUAAGUUGCAAUGAGAGGCUGUUGCACAGAUUUGCUGACCUUACAAAAAAUGAAUUCCUGAAGUAGUCCUGCUUGUGUAUGGUAAUAAAAUAGAAAUUGUUUUCGUCGUAAUGACGUGAUGUAUAGCCUGGAGCAUAGGUAGGUAAAUAAUUCAUAGAUAUAAUGUUAACCACCUAAAUGCUCCACCUUCAAUCUUUUGCCAAAAAUCUACCAGUGCUAAAGCAUUUUGGAUGCGUUAGCCAUUAUUUUUAAACGUCCAAGGCUAAAAAAAACAAAAUCCGAAUAAUUCCCUAAGGCUUAUCAAAAUGCGUUUGAAGCUGGAUUUAAAGUAUGUAAAUAAAGAUGGGGACCCGGUGAACUCGUCAAGCAGUGGACUCAAUUUUUCUCGAUCAAUGUUCCAUGUUUGAUUGUUAGAAAUAUAUGGAUAUUUCAGGAUCAAGGUUUGAGACAAAUGUUUGUUCAUUGUUACCCCUUUCGAAUUCGUUACGAAUCUGAAGUAUGUUUUUAUAUCGGAUUCGUUAAUUUCGUUUUGCCGUUAACACCAAUGAGCAUGAAUCCGAUACAAACGAACUUUCGAAUCCGGAAAAAGUUUGUGGAAUGUGGGAACUUCGUAUCCGGAAAAAAAGUUUCGUGUAAACGUUUUCUGUGAAGAAUCUGAAUCAAUUUGCUCCCGCUUUAAUAUGUUUUUCAAAUGUAUUGCUAUUAAAUUCACCCGCCAAACAGGGUCAAAACAUCGCUUAAAAACAGUAUAACAGGUGUAAAAUUUUGCUUAAUACAUUGACAAUCGCUUUGUCAGGCUGUAUAGUGUAAACGCCUCACGAAUCCGUACACUCGAAAAACAAGGAAUCUGGAUACUUCUGCUCUAGUGUCAACGUAGUCUGCACGAUAAGUUGAAAUUGAGCUCUCUUUUUUUCAGCGACCUUGCAGGUUGGUAACUGUUUACCAGUUGGUCAAAUGCCCGAGGGAACCAUCAUUUGUAAUGUUGAAGAAAAAACUGGAGAUGGCGGAGCGAUGGCGCGAGCAUCUGGCAACUAUGCUACUGUCAUUUCACAUAAUGUUGACACAAAGAAGACCCGUAUAAAGUUGCCAUCUGGUAUCAAGAGAGUUGUACCAUCGGCUAACAGGGCCUUGGUUGGUAUUGUUGCUGGUGGCGGUCGUAUUGAAAAGCCAAUGUUGAAAGCUGGUCGUGCCUAUCAUAAGUACAAAGUGAAACGUAACUGCUGGCCUCGUGUCCGUGGUGUUGCUAUGAACGUAAGUGUAUAUACCCUACUCACUUUCUCGUCCAUGUUUUAAAUACGUAUUACUUAACCCGUUGACGAAUGUGAUGACAUGUAAAGAAUUACGAAUAUAGUUAAAUUUUCCUGAGUGUUGUGUACUAGAAGUAUUGCUUAAAUUCUUUGCUGUAUAGCUUUAUUGCAACAAUAGAACUAUCUAUGUAAGCAACCCAUAACUCUCAUCCUCGUUGAGAUUUGGAGUACAGUAAGCUCAGGUUUUGAAUAAUUUUGAGGUUCUCGGUGUCAAUAUCUUCAAUCUAAUGAGCCCUACAAAUUUCGUGCGGUAAUUUCACGGUUCGGAUUCAGUCCCCAUACUCGCGAAGAUCUAAAGAUCUUCCACAACAUACCUGCAGUUUCUACGAAACUUACUGCCGGACAAAUUUGGGUUUGAGAAGCAACUUUAAGUUGCCAACAUAUAGCCACCUCCUGUUCCUGAAAAUCGUAGUUCUUUAAACGUUUUGCUUUAAAUUUCAUGCAAUGUAUAGCUGAAUCUCUAGCCGACCGAGGCUUUCGUGGUUGACAAAUUGUUACAUCUUCGUUACACAGUUUUUCAGUUAUCAUUCAAAGGCUUUCUUAAAUUAUUGGGAGAGGGGUUGUCCCUGCCCCCACCCUUGACCCGUCUCACCCACUAACAUGUUAUUUGAUUAUAGCCUGUAGAACAUCCACACGGUGGUGGUAACCAUCAACAUAUUGGUAAGCCUUCCACGAUGAGAAGAGAUGCCUCCGCAGGUCGCAAAGUGGGUCUGAUUGCUGCUCGUCGUACUGGACGUAUCAGAGGAGGAAAGAAACAGCUGAAAGCUGAUUUGAAAGAAGGCGAAAAGUAGUUUGACAGCAUUGUUUUGGUUCAAAUUAAUAAUAAUUAUCUAGCAAA